AUGGGCGGCAGCUCGGGGUCAGGGCUCCUGUCCAGGGUGGCUGUGGUCAUCCUGGUGCUGCUGCCGAGCACACAGGCAGUUUCCAUCCAGUACCAAGGCUUCCAGGUCCAGCUGGAGUCAGUGAAGAAGCUGAGUAACCUGGAGAAGUGGGUGCCCAGCCCCCGCCUGCGGGCCCAGACCGUCCUCCACUCUGUGUGCCACCACCCGGCCCUGCCGCAGGACCUCCGGCCCAUCUGCGGCUCCCAGGAAGCAGACAGCAUCUUCCAGGCCUUGAGGAUCAUCGCUAGUGACAACGACGACUGUGAGCUGUGUGUGAAUGUCGCCUGUACCGGCUGCCUCUGA